AUGGAGUUAUUCACAAAAGGAAACGGCGUCAAGUUACGGAGCCACCUGGACAAGUUUUUGGUCGCCGACGAUGACCAAGAAACCAUCCGUCAAAGCCGUAAAGGAGAUUCACGGCGUGCCGUGUGGACCGUGGAGACCGUCGUCGAUAAACCGAAUCUGAUAAGACUAAGGAGCUGCCACGGCACGUACUUAACGGCGAGCAAUAAACCGUUACUGCUUGGUAUGACCGGUGAGAAGGUGACUCAAACGCCGUCGUCAAACAAACCUAUGGAUUGGCAAACCCAGUGGGAACCGGAGAGAGAUGGGUUUUCCGUGAAGCUGAAAUCUUGGUGCGGGAAAUGGAUGAGAGCUAACGGAGGAACGCCGCCGUGGAGAAACUCCGUUACUCACGACGAGCCUCAUACGUUGAAGACCAAGAACUGGUUGAUUUGGGAUGUGAUCACUGUUGAUGGUUCUGAUCUUGAGAACAUGUCUGAUGGAGAUGAGAGCUCUGUUUCUUCUCCGGUCUCUUCACAUCUUUCCGGGUCAGCACCCGGGUCGCCCGCCUCUGCCGGGUCUAUGAAGAGCAUCGGUCGGUUCGCUUCUCUUGGUUUAACUAUGUCUCCGAGGUGGUCCCCAAAACCGAAGACGAGUAGUAGCUUCAACCAAAAGGAAACAGUAUCAGCAAUGGAGUUUUUCCAGAAGGCGAAAGCUGUUCGAAUGCGUAACAGCCACAACAAGUAUCUAAUAGCAGACGACGACGAAGAGACGGUGACUCAAGACAGAAACGGAUCGGCCAAAAACGCUAGAUGGAUCGUGGAGCCGGUUCGUGAUUCUUACCACUUCAUCCGUCUUAAAAGCUGUUACGGCAAAUACCUAACCGCUUCGAACGAGCGGUUCUUGCUCGGAGCGACGGGGAAGAAAGUGGUUCAGUUAAACCCGAGCCGGCUCGAUUCGUUUGUCGAGUGGGAACCGGUUAGAGAAGGAUCGAAAAUCAAGCUCAGGACGAGAACCGGUAAAUAUCUCCGAGCCAAUGGAGGACUUCCUCCGUAUAGAAACUCUGUUACGCACGACAGUCCUCAUUUGUCGGCUACUCAGGAUUCGAUCUCGUGGGAGGUUGAUGUCGUCGAGAUUUUGAUUAAUCCUCAAUCCGCGGCGGAAGCAGAGACUCCGUCGGCACCGAAAGCGCCGCCGCCGCAUAGGAGGCCGACGAAUUCGCCGUUGUCGGUUUCGCAUUCGAGGACUUCGUCUUCUCUUUCAGAGAGAUCCGAUCCAGAUUCGUCGGUUGAGUACCAGUCUCCGCCGAAAUCUGAUGGUGGGAGAACAAUCUAUUACCACAUCGCGGACGAGGAAGGACACGUGGAGGACGAGACUACCGUUGGAUAUGCUUUCACGUUUAAAGGAAACAGCGUGGCACAACUCACGGAGACACUGCGAGAGGAAACGUGUUUGGAGGACGCUGUGGUGUGCACUCGCAGUCCCUUAAACGGCAAGCUGUUUCCGCUUCGUUUGCAACUCCCGCCUAACAACGGAACAUUGCAUGUCGUUGUACUGCCGUCCAGUGCUAGCCUCUAG